AUUUGACUACACCCACAAAUGGAAAAUAAUAAUAAUAAAAUAAAACAAAAAUCAUAACUGUCUUAAACCUAACCCUUCCACAAGUCUAAUAUCACCACUCUUGUCUCUUCUUAAUUCUAAUUUUCUUUGUUUCAGAUCUCUGUCUAUUUUCAUUUUCACAUUCUGUUCUUCUCAAAUCAAAUCUAAAAAAACCCAUCAAAUUUUUUUACAGAAAAUGUUUCUAUUUGAUUGGUUUUAUGGAAUUCUCGCAUCUUUAGGUCUAUGGCAGAAAGAGGCUAAAAUUCUCUUUUUAGGUCUUGAUAAUGCCGGAAAAACUACUCUUCUUCACAUGUUGAAAGACGAGCGAUUAGUUCAGCAUCAGCCAACUCAGCAUCCUACGUCGGAGGAAUUGAGCAUUGGGAAAAUCAAGUUUAAGGCUUUUGAUUUGGGUGGUCAUCAGAUUGCUCGUCGUGUUUGGAAGGAUUAUUAUGCCAAGGUUGAUGCUGUGGUCUACCUUGUGGAUGCCUUUGACAAGGAGAGAUUUGCUGAAUCUAAAAAGGAGCUCGAUGCCCUACUCUCUGACGAAGCCUUGGCCAAUGUUCCUUUUCUUAUCCUAGGGAACAAGAUCGACAUACCUUAUGCAGCUUCUGAGGAGGAGCUACGCUUUCAUCUGGGGCUUUCUAACUGCACUACAGGCAAGGGGAAGGUGAAUCUUGCGGGUUCUAAUGUCCGCCCCCUCGAGGUAUUCAUGUGCAGCAUUGUCCGCAAGAUGGGAUAUGGUGAAGGAUUCAAGUGGGUUUCCCAAUAUAUCAACUGAGACUAGAAAUUAAGAGUUAAUUUUUCAUUAUCUGUUGUUAUCCCCUAUUCUAUGCUUCUUGUGACUACCCAUAGAAUUCGUAAGACUGAUUCUUUAAUUCUUAUUGUGAGGUUGACAGAUACUCUCUUCUUGUCAAGUUGAUUGUGCUUAUAUAAACUCCCUUAAGGACCACUUUUUUUUGUUA